AGGACAGGGAAAGCCAGAAUGGAACGGCUGUUUAGGUAAUCUAACACACAAUCGGUUUUGGAAGAAAAGUAAUAAGAAUAAAAAGAUAUAGCACAUAAUCUUCAUCGGGAAAGGUGCUUAAUUUACCGUUCAAGGCUUCACUGUAGUCUCGCAAAUCUGUGUGUUUAUGUUUCUGUGUGUUCUGAUAUGUAGUAGAAGCAAGAACACAUGUACACGAAUAUAGCUUGCUUAUAAACUGUCCAACUGAUUGAAGCCAAUAUUCAGUCCGCAUACGCGAGCCAACCUGCUCUCUCACAUCCCAUCAAGAUCUCCCGAGUUCUUCACCCAACCUUUGAGCAUUUCCAAAUCAUCAAGAUGAUUGCAACGACAUGCCUUUUGGUCAUUUUAUUGAUUUUAAACCAUGGACAAAGUGGUAACUCCCAUGUCGUCACCUUUCGUCAAGCAACUGACUCGUUUAAGAUUGAUUCAAAAAGUUUCUCCGUCGGCGAAAUCAAUGAUCGUUUGGAAUUCGAUGAGCGUUCCGGAAUAAUGGAAACGAUGAUAAAUGUGCCACAAUGUCCCGGACGUGGCAAUAAAUAUUUUCCCAUUACCGUCCAGAAUCCGAGUGGAUGUUAUGUUUUCCAGACAACGGGAUUUAACAUGAAUGGAUAUCCGAAUAGAGGGGGAUCUUUUUUUCGUUCUUCAUACUUUUGCGGUUACAUGAUUGAGUUUGGGGCUACUGUAAGUGGAACGGUGACCGUUAAAGAAAAAGAUUUCCAGUUCCAAGAACCGAACAGUUCUGGAAGAUGCGAUGAUUUUUUAUUAAUUUCUGGUGUGAGCGAUCAACAGCAAGAAAACGACAAUAGUGACUCCGAUGACCGAGAUAUGCGCUAUGAUGUCGUGCAAUAUUGUGGCACGAUUACAGGAGACAAGAUCCGCGAUUUCUCUAACUCUGAACUUUUCAUUGAAUUAUCCGCCGACGACACAGAGAACGGCAACGGAGCCGAGAUUGUUAUUUGUAUUGAUUAAAAGAGUUGGGGGUCAAAAACCCGAUUCUGUGUCUUUGCCACUUUAUGAACUAUGAAGUGAUUAUUGGUUUAUUGGGUUUUCUUUUAUGUUGACCGACUUCAUAGUUUCGAAAAUGCAUUAAAUAAAUCCUUGGAAGGUC